UUUUAGGAAUAAUAGGGGCUUCCUCAUAUGAGGAAUAAUACUGGAAUAAUUGGGUGGAACUAGGAAUAAUGGGUGGAGUUGAAGUUAAUGGAAUUGCAGAAGAAUUUUUAUUAAUUUUGGCUAGUGCUUUUUGGAAGACCUAUUUUGAAAACGCCACUGGAAUGCAAAAAUUGAUUGCUUGAGAAAAUUAUUGAGAAUAAUAGGAUAAAAUGAAAAGAAUAAUGGGGGAAAAUAUUGAGAAUUUCUAGAAAGAAUAAUAGGAAAAUUUAUGUGCAUAAUAGGCUCAGGCCUAAUAGGAACAGGAUAGAUAUUAAAGUUUAGGGGCGUGGUUAAAUUUCGUCCCGCCCUCAAAAUGGCUGCUGAGCCUGUUGUAGUACCUUCAACAUUGGCGGCUUUGGCUGAAGAAGCAACCAAGAAGAAUGACGAAAAGAAAGAAAAAACCAGAGAACUGACUCGUGACAUGUUUGAUAAAGUAGCUGACUAUGUCAACGGAGAGCUAGCUAUGACAUGUGAAGAAUAUGAUUUAUUACUGCGCCUCAACCAAGUCACUAUUGCCAAAUACAAUGACAUGACUACUAUUGCUUCGGGAUUGGCUGACGUGUCUCAACGCUUGAAUGACAAGUUUGUAUCGUUGCAGCAAUACUGUGAUCAGAUUGAUCAGGUUGAUACUAGAGUUGCUGAAUUAGAGCAGACAGCAUACAGACUAGACAGCUAUGCCAAGCAAUUAGAGGCCAGAUUUAAAGCUCUUGAAAGAAAAUGAUGAGGAUUGGAUGAUGAAACUUUGUCUUGUAUCUUUCAUCACUUUCCCUUUCUUUUGUGGUGUGUACUUUUGAUUCUUUAUUAUUCAAAUUAUUACAAUUAUACAAUUGUCCUAAUUAUUUGAAGUAUUAUAAUUGUAAAUUGAA